CAGACAGAAAACUCAAAAAUGGGGGAAUGAUGGGAAAAGAUCAGAGAGCCGGUGUGGGGUACUGACAGUGCCGCGCGGACGACACGCGCGCGGCCACUGCAGAAGAGAGUGUCCGCGCGGUGGCGCGUCAUCGGCCCGCCCCCCGCGCGCCGGAGAGGGGAGUCUGCUGGGAACUCCAUGGUGCUAAAUUUUUCAAGAUGUCGUCGCUGGAACAGAGGCUCUCGCGGAUCGAGGAGAAGCUAAAGCAGGAAAACGAAGAAGCCCGCCGGAGAAUCGACCUCAGCAUCGACAUGAGUCCGCAGCGGUCACGCCCGAGGCCAAUCAUCGUGAUCCAGCUCAGUCCUGCUCCAGCCCCCUCCCAGCGUGCAGCACUCCAACUGCCUCUGGCCAACGAUGGAGGCAGCCGCUCGUCCUCGUCAGAGAGCUCCCCCCAGCACCACUCGUACCCCAGCCGCCCCCGCCACAUGCUCACCCUGCCCACGCCUCCCUUUGGCCUGCAGAGGAGCCUGGAGAAUGCAGAGAUUGACCAGAAACUACAGGAGAUCAUGAAGCAGACGGGUUACCUUAAGAUUGACGGUCAGCGAUACCCGGCCGAGGUUUCAGAUCUGAUCAGCGAAGGGGAGAUCGGCAGCGGCACCUGCGGACAGGUCUUCAAAGUCCGGUUCAAGAAGACGGGUCACGUCAUCGCCGUCAAACAAAUGCGCCGAACAGGAAACAAAGACGAGAAUAAGAGGAUCCUGAUGGACCUUGAUGUGGUUCUGAAGAGUCACGACUGUCCUUACAUCAUUCAGUGCUAUGGAGCAAUCGUCACCAACACCGACGUGUUCAUCGCCAUGGAGCUCAUGGGAACGUGUGCAGAGAAGCUGAAGAAGAGAAUCCAGGGCCCCAUUCCGGAGCAGAUCCUCGGAAAGAUGACCGUGGCGAUCGUGAAGGCGUUGUUGUACCUGAAGGAGAAACAUGGCGUCAUCCACCGGGACGUGAAGCCCUCCAACAUCCUCCUGGACGCUAAAGGUCAGAUCAAGCUGUGCGACUUUGGCAUCAGCGGACGGCUCGUCGACUCCAAGGCCAAAACCCGGAGCGCCGGCUGUGCUGCCUACAUGGCGCCUGAACGGAUAGACCCUCCGGAUCCCACCAAACCGGACUACGACAUCCGAGCAGACGUGUGGAGCCUCGGGAUUUCUCUGGUGGAGCUGGCCACGGGACAGUUUCCCUACAAGAACUGUAAGACGGACUUUGAGGUUCUGACCAAAGUCCUGCAGGAAGACCCUCCUCUGCUGCCUCUCAGUAUGGGGUUCUCCCUCGACUUCCAGUCCUUCGUCAAAGACUGCCUCACAAAGGAUCACAGAAAAAGGCCAAAAUACCAUCAGCUGCUGGAGCACAGCUUCAUCCGGCGCUACGAGGUCCUGGAGGUGGACGUGGCCGGCUGGUUUCAGACAGUGAUGGACGGCACGGAGUCUCCCCGCAGCAGCCAGUGUUACAGCCACCAGCACAUGCUCCACUCCAUCUUCAGCAGGUAGCCUAGCCUCGGCCCACGCGGCGCCAGCGCAGCCGCACGCUAGACUAGCCUAGCUUUAGCUCCGCCUCGCCCAGCCGGUCCUAGUCUAGCCGGUGCAGCCGCCGCCGCGCCCUCUUCUCAGCCCACCUGUUCACCGGAGGACCAGGAUAACCCAAAAACUUUGGAGGACUCUGGAUGGACGGAUGGAGUGAUGACCACGGUGGACGGGGGACGGACGGAUGACAAGGGGGGUUAUUUAUUGUUAAAUUGAGCUGGCAGACAAACUUAGUGUACAGGGGGGGGGGUCACACUGUCAUCUCCUAUCACAGUGUCUUUAACAGCUGUAUACUAACAAACUAACCGUCUAUUUUAGUGUCCGUUCAGCAGAGUAGUCACACUGGACAAAUAACUCCUGUACAUAACGAGGACAGAUCAACGGUGCGUUCAUGGAUCUAACACGUGUUCAGGAAACGCUCACGACGCGUUCACUGGCUGUUUUAUCAAACUGCUUUGUCACUUUUUAGUUCACACUACACCAAUCACAAAGCUUUUUGUACGAUGAAUGUAGGUUAAAUCACGAUAACACGUCGUCUGUUUUUAGCAGCAUCUACUGAAGGAAAAAAACAAAAAAAUUAGAGAGUUUUUAGCUUUUACAGGACCGAUAAAAGUUGUUUAUUUUUUUGGUUGAGCUGAAACAAAAGUGGUGGAAAAGGGACUAGAGGAAAGUGGAUCUGUGCCCUAAAAAUCCUGAAGAUCUUCACGAUGUCAGUCUGUCAGGAGGCUGGAAGUGGUUUGAUUCCCUUUGGAGCAUUUCUUUACUGCACUCUUUCUGCCUACCUCUUAGUCCACCACUGCCUCAGCUGCUUAGACUGACGUAGUGUCUCAGACCAAAGGCUGAAUGAGGGUUUGAGUUAGGCGUGGAGGUGGAGUUUGGUGUUUCUCUGGAGUCUUCAGACGAGGAGUCAAACUGUCGAACCGCUGGGAGAUCAAAAUUCAUCCGCUGAGAAGGGUAAUAGUGGAAAAUAUCUUCAAAAAAUCAAAGAUUUCAUUCUGCUGCAGACCUUAAGACGUCAUUUGACUCAAUCUGUGAGGCGUUGGGUCCUACAGGAGCUAAAUGAAGGCAUCAGGAGCUGCUUUUGCUGGAAUCUUUCCUAAAAAUGAUCAGUAAGUGACUGUAGUUGUAGCUUUAAGGCUAAUUAAAUCAUGUUUAUUCUCUAAACAUUAAAUGAGAACACCUAGAAGAUUAGUGGCAGAUCUCGACAGCUGAUGAGCGAAAGAACGCUCGUCGUCUUUAGUUACUCUGAAUUAUUUUGGUCCAAACGGAGCAGAAGUUUGCAUUUUUGAGUUUUCAUUUUCUGAAACUCUAUUUUCAAAAUAAAAUGCUACUACAAGAAAUUUAGUUUUUUUUUUAAUCCAAGAUUAUCAUUUUUUUAGCAGUUGAUUAAGAUUGUGAUUUGAAAUAAAUCUGUAAAUAUAUAAUUUUCCCAUAGAACGUAGUUUUAACUCUCAAUCUGAUUAUCUUUCUAGCCAAAAAGAUCGAUCAUAUUUUGUUUUUACAUAAAUCUUCAUUCAUUGUGUAUAUUUUUUUCAACACAAAGGAACAUUUUCUGAAUAAUUCAGCCUCGCUGCAGGAAAAUUCUCAAAUGUCCCUUUAACAAAUUUUCAUAAAUCAUCAACUUUAUUUGGUUGAAUCUUCAUUCUCCGUAAAAAGUUUGACCUUUGUCAUGAAGAUUUUCCCUUUAACGGUAAAGUGGAGGCUAACAACCGCAUGCUAGCUUCAGUUACGUCUAACCUUUAAGGUGGUAUGGAUAAAUAAAGCAAAAUAAAACAACGUAACCGUCGUAAAACUGGUAUUUUCUAAAUAUAAUAUAAACCCACCGUGUCUCCAACUUUAUUAUUUGCACGUGAAAUAGUCUAGUCUGUCGCUGCGUAUUAGAGCGGCUUCUGCUACAUGAGAACAACUGUCUCAAUAAUUCCGUAUGUGGAGGAAAACUCCGGGUUUUGUCUGUAAAAUCAGCUUUAUUGAAGUCGAAAACUCUUCUUCGGUUUCCUCACUGGAUCUUUUCUCCCUGAAGAAACUUUCCAAAUAGCUUUUAUUGUUUGGUUUUUGUUAGCUUUGGGCAACUAGCUUAGCAAUCCAGGUAGCCGCUUUAAGUCACAUGACCCAGACGGAUGUUGUGAACAGAAUCCGUCCGCACUAAAGGAACCCCAGAUCAUGCCAUUGCCUCCGCAUGCUGCGUUAUCAUUAAACAAGAUCAUCUUUUCCUGUUAUUUUAGGCCCCGUCUUUCCUCUGCAGCAGAAAUGAACCUUCUAACGGAGGCUUCACCACUCCAAAAUCUCAUCUGUUUGCUUUUAUUUUUUAAAAAGUCACUUUUCUGGAUCUUAUCGGUCCGUUGAGGCUGAGAUCUUUAGUAAACCGAGGGCCUCCCAGCUUUGACGCCUCUCCGAGACGACACAGAACACGUCCAGCUUUAUGAGCGGGAGGAGGAGCUCCGCCUCCGGCCUCGCAGGGUCACACCCAAACCUGCUAGACGUAGACUCAGAGCGCCGGCUCGCCGUCCUUCACGCGCCAAACCAAACCAGCGCUUUGGAGGUGAAGAGCGGCCGCGACGGAGGGAGGAGAUGGGAAAACGGAGGAGUGACAGAGAGGAACAGGGAUGUAGGGAUGAAAGGAAAGACGAGUGGAAGUGACAUGACGGGAGAGGAGAGAUGAAGAGGGAAGAGAAAGUUAGAGGAAGGAGGAACGCGACGGUUUCACUCCUGUUACUGCAAAAGCUUUCAUGGUUUAAACCAACAAACGAGUUUGUUUGUUUACUGUUCAAACGCGUUAUUUAUUUACAUAUCUGCUGCUGCUACGUUUGAUUGCUUUAGACGCUGCUGUCACUUCUUUUCCCCAAAGGACGCAUUUUUUUUGUUUCUUUUAAGCCAAAUAAAUGAAAUAAUGCAAUGUCGACACAUUUUACCAAAUACAGAGGAGGAGGAGGAGUCAGACGAGAGGAAGUGGGAGGCGGUCAGGAGAGGGGAAGUCACUAACUCACUCAGACUGUAAAACACACACCUCACCAAAGGGGGCGCCACACUACAGCUCAGUAGAAGCGGUCAGUCUGUCCAGAUCUCCGUCCGUCCGUCCGUCCACUGGUGGAGCUGACAGAUCACACCAAAGGUGACCACCACUCGACAAAAGAACAAGAGCAUUGUUGUUGUUGUAACGAUGACCAUUGUUUGUGACCUUAUAUGGAUUACUCUAAGCUAUAUGUGAAAUAUCUCUAGCUAGUAGGGAAGGAUGUGUGUGUGUGUGAUAGUGUGCAGGGGGGACUGGUGCACCCCCACAGGGCAGCAGCCGGCUCAGCCCUCCAGGCCGAGCAGCAUCGGAUAAAGAAAACGCUUCUCAAACUAAACGUUAGUGCAUGAAUAAACACACCGGAUGCUGACCCCCCACCUUCAUGAAGUGUGGAGAAAUGGCUCCAGGAAGAAGAAUGUAAAUUAUUUUAUGGACUCUUUUACCAAACUAUUUAUUUUUAAUCACAUUGGCUCACUUAAACUAUCUUAACUUGUAUGUUUAGACCCGUUGCAUAGUUUUUUUUUAGGUCGGCCAGCUGUGACACAACCUGUUGUUCUGGUGCAGUUCCAGUAAGAACCGCUAGAGGUCACUGUUCCCCCACAAGCUUGUUUUAGUGUCAGCUGGAGGCCGGCUGUGAUCCGUUUACGCUGUACACGCACUCACCCAACUGGUUGAUGGUGCGACGCUGCACCCCUGACACCUCUAAGGUGAUCAUUUUUUUCUUUUUUGAGACAUUUUACAGCCUCUCUCCACGCAGGGAAGCCGGCUGCUGCCACUAGUGGCUUUGCGUGUACAUUAGCUUGUCAGGCGCCGCAUCGCCGCCGCCGGUUGAAGGCUGCACCGUGCCUUGGCACUGAGCGUGUGCGUGUUGUAACCCAUCUGUAAGUAAACCAAAUAUCAUUUUCACUAUGCAGUCGCUCAAAGCACUUCAGCUUGUUUCAGCCGGGGGGGCGGGGCCUUCUGUACAUACAGAUUUCCAUUUUAACCUGAAGGCAGCGGGGGUGUUGGUCUUCGCUCCUCUGGGCCCCGCCUCAGCUGUAGAGAGGAGGCGGAGCAAGAGACGUGUUUUGAAUGAGCUGGCUAAUAUUUAAGGAUUGUAUUGGGGUUGGGGAGGGACGGGUUUUUCUGUUCGUUUGUUUUGGGGGGGUUGCAGAUCUGUGCUGUAAAGUAUAUCAGUUGCAUGUUUAUGUCACCGCUGUAACUGCCAUUGUUUGUGUUGUUUUGAGACAAUGGCCGGUUGGGACGGGGAUGCACAAACAAAUCUAUUCUUAUUUAUGAUUUUAUGUAUUUUUCUUUUGUUUUUUUAAAUGUCAAACUAUUGUGUACUUAGGAAGAUACAAGUGUUUUAGCUUUUUUAUGUUCUCUGUUAAUUUUUGCGAAAUACUGUUUCACUUUGGACUGUCACAGGAGGAGGAGGCGGAGUCUCGUCGGCUGACAGUGUUAGAAAAUGCUAGCGCCGUUUCCCUUCGUGUUGUGUGUCGUCCUCUUCGGUUGUGUAUGUGUGCAGAGAGCGUGCGUGACGUCUGUCUACCAAAAGUCUUUAUUAGCUUUUUGAAAUUUGUCAUUUUUUAUAAUUAUGAUAGUUUUUAUUAUUAUUGUUUUAUGUUUCAGGGCAACAAUGACACCAAAUUGAGAUAGAAAAUAAUCGGGAGAUCCCAGACGGACGGCUGUCGUUCCGGCGACAGUCUUCCUCACCGUUAGGCUCCGCCCUCCUCAUUUAAACUGCCACAUAGGGGGAAAGCCGAAUCUUUAUUAGUAUUUUUUCUUUUUAUAUUAAUGUAUUUUAUUUUGGUUAUGACCCGUUUGCUAUUUGGGUCAUAAAGUGUGUGCUGGUAUUUUCUUUAUUUUAUCCCCCACCUGGGUUUCCUCGCGGUCGGAUGCUGUACCGUUAGCCGACGCCCAGAGACCCGAGGAACGCUGAGACCAGAGCUGCUUCUGUCGCAGAGACGCUCUGGGCUGAUGUUGCACUUAUGACGGCUUUAGUUUGUGUUGCUGUUUGUUGUGCAGAACAGAAUAUGUGGAGUUUUUUUUAUUUUCUUAGUCACAGCAUUUAUUUUAUCAAUCAUGAGUUUGUGACGGAGCAAGAAAAUUAUUCAGCAGUGUAUUUUUCUCACUGGUAUUUAUUUAUUGGUCUUUAGUUGUUUUUCUGUAUAUUUUUCUGGGUGGGAGGGGUUAAUAUUUUAUUUGUUUAUUUUUUUAAUUGUGGAGGACAGACAGAACUUGAGACCCUCGUUGCGUUUCAUCUGUUCUGUCGUCGCGUUCACACUAACGGUUUCAUAGACGAAAAGUUCUGAUCCCAUUCGGCAGACCCGGAAGGUUCUCGUCUUCCUGGGACUGGGAGGAACCGUUUGUUUACCCCAGACAAACAAACAUCGCCGUGUUUGUGGACGCUCACAGUUUUAAUGCUUUUAACGUGAAAAUCUGGGUGCUCUUUAACCGGAUUUACUGAAUUCCACCCACAUUUUUGAAUUUUAUUUUGAAAGGGGGUUUCAGCAGAUUUGUUUCAUAAGCUGCACUUCCUGGUUGCAGGGCGUGCCGCCCCCUCUUUGAAAUGUCCUGGAGGUUCGUUGUUUGGUCUUUCAAAACGCCGUCAUCUGCCGAACUCGCAUGACGUUGCUGGUUUGCGGGUUGGGGGAGGGACAACUUCACCUGCUGCUGUUUAAAGGCUUCUUGUAAAAAAAACACACAAUGAACUGUGUUGUAUUGACAGUUGACAAACCUUUGCAGCCCCCUCCUUGUUUAUUUUGUUUGUUUGUUUGUUUUUGGCUGUUUCCCCUCCCCCUCCCUGGUCUCAUUUCAAAAAGAAAAAAAUGCCAUUAUAUUGUGAAUACCUCAGGAUUUUUGGAAGAAAAAAACAAUAAAACACUUAAAAAUCCAAUAAAUCUAUAAAAACCUAAAA